CGAGUUGUACCAGUACCGGCUAGGUACCAUCUGGACGCUAGCCUGGUUAGAAUGGUGGCCCAGGACUGGCGCCCACCUUAGCUGAUGUAUAUGUAAUUCUUUCCUUUCCCAUGACCGAUAUCUGCUUUUUAUCAGCUUCACUACCGCGGUAACCCCGUUUUCUCGAUUAUAAACAUUUCUUAUGAACUGAGAAGAACCGGGCUUGUAUCCUGUUCUGUCGAAUUUCCAUCAGGGUGCCUACAACACUGGGGCUGUGACUUGCUCCUCCUGGCCUGGGGACCCUUGGUCAACCCCACCGAAGGAGGACUUUGUUUUGCCCGUUUUCUCUCUCGCCUGGGACCUUGGCUCCCCGCCAGGUACCUCCUACCAACCUCCGCCUUGAAAAAGCAAGAGGGCCGCCACCCUCGCAUAAAUAUACAAGAGAAAGACCUUUGGCACAUCGACAACGCGCGCGAAUCAGGCCCCUUCGACCGGACUCUCAUGCCGUCAGGAUUUUAAUGAUAAUCUGGACAAAGUAGGGACAUGAUGACGCGAGCUCUGGUCCGCGUCGCCGUCGCGGCGCUUUUUGCCAGCAGCGGCAGCGCUGUCGCCUCCCUCGUCGCACGGCAGACCACGGGCGCCGUCGCCGCUCCCGACCCGACAGCGGUAUCACUGUGCUCUGUCCGAUCGUCCACCCAGAUCUGCACCGCGGGCACGACCGAGUUCAGGGUGGUGGCCAUGCCCACGGGCGGCCCGCCGAGCUCCUACACCGGCUGCCACAAGCAUAAUAGCGACCUGUGGUGCAACUAUCCUGGAGGCGAGGUCCAGAUUCUGCCUGCUUCCGCCGCUGCCGCCUCGGCCGCGAUGACCCCGGCCCCCACGUCGGCGACCAGUGCUGCCGCCGUUACCGGUCUUCCCACCGCCGUGUCCGGAUGUCACAAGCACGGAAGUGACGUAUUCUGCAUGUGGGGAACGACCGAGUUCCAGGUCAUUGGCGCCACUGCUACGACGGAGCCGCCUGCUACCUACACGGAUUGCCAUGCUCACGGCUCCAACACGUUCUGCAUGGCACCUGGCGGCGGAGAAGUCGAGAUUCGAGUCCAGGGCGCAAGCACCUCGAGCGGUGCCAACGGUAACAGUGGAAGUGGUAAUGCCAGCGGCUCCAACCGCCACUGCCACUUUCAUGCAGGCGUUGAGCACUGCACCGGCGGCUCCGAGUCCGAGGAGGGCAGCUGCGAAAAGGUGAACCGCGACUACAACAUCCCGCUGCGCGUCGGCCUCAUCUUCGUCAUCAUGGCGACGAGCGCCUUUGGCGUCUUCAUGCCCAUCCUCCUGAUCCGCUGGUGGCCCGCGCGCACGCACACGGCUUUCCUGGUGCUCAAGCAGUUCGGCACGGGGGUCAUCAUCUCGACCGCGUUCGUGCACCUCUACACGCACGCCCAGCUCAUGUUUGCGAACGAGUGCCUCGGCCGCCUCGAGUACGAGGGCGUCACGUCCGCCAUCGUCAUGGCCGGCAUCUUCCUCUCCUUCGCCGUCGAGUACGUCGGCAAGCGCGUCGUGCUCGCCCGCGCCGCCCGCGCGCCGGGUCGCGUCUCCAGGCUCUCGCCCGAGACGGUGACGGUGCUGGUGCUUGAGUGCGGCAUCAUCUUUCACUCUAUCCUAAUCGGCAUCACCCUCGUCGUCGCCGGGGACAGCUUCUUCCUGACCCUCUUCGUCGUCAUCCUCUUCCACCAGAUGUUCGAGGGCAUCGCGCUCGGCUCCCGCAUCGCCGCCCUGGGCACCAACAAGGAGCAGGACGCGCACGCCGCCGCCGCCGCCGCCGCCCGCCCGACCGAGUCCGAGAAUAAGAUCAACGACGGGUCCACGACGGCCUCGACCGAGCAGCCCAUCACCGACAACGACCCGCGGACGACGGCCCACUUCUCCCUCGGCGGGAAGCUCCUGCUCGCGUCGCCCUUUGCCCUCGUCACCCCCGUCGGCAUGGCCAUCGGCAUCGGCGCGCUGCAGCAGUUCAACGGGAACAACAGGUCCACGAUCCUGGCCAUCGGCACCCUCGACGCCGUCUCGGCCGGCAUCCUCGUCUGGGUCGGCGUCGUCGAGAUGUGGGCCGAGGACUGGAUGCUGCCCGGCGCCGAGCUGCUGCACACGGGGCCCGUCACCACCGCGCUGGCCCUCGCCGGCCUGGUGGGCGGCAUCGUCAUCAUGUCGGCCCUUGGGAAGUGGGCUUGAGCUCUUUCUUUUUACCCGUCGCAUACCGGUGCUUGGGCGGCCGCGUCUCUUUUCUGGCAUUUUGCUUUUUUGGGACUUGUUAUUUGGGAAGCCAGCCCUUGGCAAGGGCUUGGCAUAACGACGUUAACGUCUUUGUUCUAGGCUUUUCUUUUGGGGGGGUGGCAUAGACAAAUACAAUAGAAACGGCAUUCCGACUUGAAACAUGGACACGAAAUGCUGCAUCGCG